GCGCGGUUCGGUGCCGCCGCCUCCCGCCCGAGCCGGAUCCAGGCCGCGCGCAGCGUCCCGGGGACCCGGGCGGCGCCGGGCGAUGAAAUGUCAACGUCAACCCUGCAGAAAGCUAUCGACCUGGUAACAAAAGCGACUGAGGAGGAUAAGGCCAAGAACUAUGAGGAGGCGCUGCGGCUGUACCAGCAUGCAGUGGAGUACUUCCUACAUGCCAUCAAAUAUGAGGCUCACAGUGACAAGGCGAAGGAGAGCAUCCGGGCGAAGUGCAUGCAGUACCUGGACCGGGCGGAGAAGCUGAAGGAUUAUCUACGCAACAAAGACAAACAAAGCAAGAAGCCUGUCAAAGAGUCUCCAAAUGACAGCAAGGGGAGCGACAGUGACAGCGAGGGCGAGAAUCCGGAGAAGAAGAAGCUGCAGGAGCAGUUGAUGGGUGCCAUUGUGAUGGAGAAGCCCAACGUGCGGUGGAACGAUGUGGCUGGCCUGGAGGGUGCCAAGGAGGCUCUGAAAGAGGCUGUGAUUUUACCCAUUAAAUUCCCACACUUAUUCACAGGUAAGCGCACCCCUUGGCGUGGGAUUCUGCUCUUUGGGCCCCCUGGCACGGGGAAGUCGUACCUGGCCAAGGCUGUGGCAACUGAGGCCAACAACUCCACGUUCUUCUCCGUGUCAUCCUCGGACCUAAUGUCAAAGUGGCUGGGAGAGAGCGAGAAGCUAGUGAAGAAUCUCUUUGAGCUGGCAAGGCAGCACAAACCUUCCAUCAUCUUCAUCGACGAGGUGGACUCCCUGUGUGGCUCCCGCAAUGAGAACGAGAGUGAGGCUGGCCGCAGGAUCAAAACAGAGUUCCUGGUGCAGAUGCAGGGUGUUGGUAAUAACAACGACGGGACCCUCGUCCUCGGUGCCACAAAUAUCCCCUGGGUCUUAGACUCGGCCAUUAGGAGAAGGUUUGAGAAGCGCAUCUACAUCCCGUUGCCGGAGGAGGCGGCCCGAGCCCAGAUGUUCAGGCUGCACCUGGGGAACACACCACGCCACUUGACAGAGGCCAACAUCCACGAACUGGCCAGGAAGACGGACGGCUACUCGGGAGCCGACAUCAGCGUCAUCGUGCGUGACGCCCUCAUGCAGCCUGUCCGCAAAGUGCAGUCGGCCACACACUUCAAGAAGGUGCGAGGCCCGUCUCGAACCAAUCCCAGCAUAACCGUAGAUGACCUCCUGACCCCAUGCUCGCCGGGGGACCCUGGAGCCAUCGAGAUGACUUGGAUGGAGGUGCCUAGUGACAAGCUGCUGGAGCCAGUGAUCUGCAUGCUGCCCUCUCCCCUUGUUUGCAGUCAGAUAUGCUGCGCUCACUGGCCACCACCCGCCCCACCGUGAAUGCAGAGGACCUCCUGAAGGUGAAGAAAUUCACAGAAGACUUUGGACAGGAAGGUUAAAAGCUUCUGCUGUGGGGCGUGCGGGGGUGGCCAGGCAGGGCGGGGUGGGCAAGGCAUGCCUUGGCAGUGGCAGCGUGUACGCUUGCAAAGCCCUAAUGCUGGCAGGCAGACGGUGCCAGGUGGACACUAAUGUUCAGCUCCCUACGAAAGCCACCUGUCUGUGGGCCCCCAGCUGGGAGUCACACAGCAGCACGACCCCUGCCAGCCUGGCAGGCCUGCGGAAGGAGCUGAGCACAGCCUAGGGGCCUGCCCUGCCUCCCCCGGGGGCCCCGAACUCUCCUGCCCACCUUUUUUUUUUUUUAAUUUUUUUAAAUUAAUGCUGCUUGUUUUGUCUUGUUUAUAUAAAAAUAAAAACGAUCCAAAAGCUUCGCCCACCAAAACGGGACUUUCCUGGGGUGGCCGAGCCCACACAGCGAUGCCCCAAUCACACUGAGCACGGGGCCAGCUGGCAGGGCGUAACACUCGUCCACCUGCUGCACACGCUGCGCAGGGAGGAGGCAGAGUGUGGAAGGACAAAGGCCUCUGGGCUAGGCCUCACAUACCAGGCCCCCCAGCUCCCCUCACUGAAACGGCCCCAUGCUGGAGCUGUGCUGUGAGGCGCCAGCCUGUCACGUAGCACUGCCAGCAAGAAACAGAUCUGGAUGCACGGCUACGGCCAGGUUCUGCAGCACAUGGGUGGUGCCUUGUCUCCAGCGAGGCCCUGCCCCUGCUGUAGCCACUGUCUGCAGUGCUGCUGACACAGGGAGCAAGGAGUCCAAAGGAGUCCUCUCCAGCUGGCUGCUUUUCCAUAGCUGUGGGACCUCUCCAGCCUGCUCCACGGCCCCUUUGUGAGCCAGGCUCUUUGCUUUCCCGGGUGCUGCAACCCUCCAUCCCAUCAAUUCCCGGAUCACCGUAUGCUAAGGCUUCAUUCCUGCUGCAAGCUGGGUCCCAAGCCCUGCCGCAGAGCUCAGGGCUACGCAGCUUCACCCUCCCUCCGCUGGCAUUAGAGGAUUGAAGGUGUGGAUGUGGGGCGAGAGGGGCUGAAUAACAGUCAAGGGGAGGGGAAGAUCUGAGGGCUACGUCCUCCAAAGGGGGAGUGACAAUCCGCAGCCCCUUGGCUCCUGUACUUCCCUGUCCUGUGCCUGAUUCCCCUCUCCUAGGAGUAGCCAAGUGCCAAGCCCCAGCACUGGAGCUGAGGAGCUUUGUGUAGGCGUUAGCCUAAUGAGCUAAUCCCACGCCCUGGCUGCUGUUGGGCCAAACUCAAUAGCAACCCCCCAGCCGUCUCAGCUACCACUGCAGUGACCAGCUGCUGCUCCCGGGAUCUCCCCACCUGCACUUGCUGGGUGUGGGAGCCAGAUGGGCCUGCGGGGACGAGUGGCAGAAUAGCCAGCCAUGCUGGCAGUAACAGGGUGGUGGCUGUGCUCCAGAGCUCAUGGGGGCAGUUCUCUCUGUGCUGUUUGUGGGCAGGAUCCCAGAGCGCCCCCUUCCCCACCAGGGCCAGGCAGAUCACUUGGCUGGAGCACAAAAGCUUGUGGCCUCACAAAGUGCUCAGAUCUGCAGCCAGCUCCUUGGAGUGUGAGACUCCCUGCCCCUCCCGGUCUGUGCUUCCAGAGGGCCAGGUGAGGCUGCCCAGGGCCGGGGUAACCCCAUCUGUGGGAAGCUGGGCCCAGGCUUGAGAGGCUGAGUGAGGAGUGCUGCAGAGUGGUCAGAGCACAGGACUGGGCGCCAGGAACUCCCGAGUGGUAGACUGAGCACUGGAGCUGUGUAAAACAGGGACAAUGCAGGGCUAGGGGAAUGAGACUCCUGGUGCAGGGAUUCUCAAACGGGGGGUCGGGAGGUUAUUA